GCUGUGACGCCGGCUCCCUGCAGCCUGUGCUGCAGCCGCUGUCCACCGGAGGGGGGCGAAUCCACGUCAACCUGUUGUUUGCCCAGCUCCUAUUGAUCAAGUCAGAGCUACAAGGAAAUGCGGCACACACACGCGCUUGGAAAGUUUAGCUUACAGGAAGUUUUGGGAGAGCAGCGCCAGUAACUGGGCGGCCGGGACAACACAGGCGGUGAAGGCGAGGGACUGUGCAGUAGAAAUCCGCCGACUCAACCCUUUGGGCUUUAUUUAUUUACUUUUGGAGCAACGCGAUCCCUAGGUCGCUGAGCCCAAAUGCAACGGCUCGUUUUAGUCUCCAUUCUCCUGUGCGCGAACUUUAGCUGCUAUCCGGACACUUUUGCGACUCCGCAGAGAGCAUCCAUCAAAGCUUUGCGCAAUGCCAACCUCAGGAGAGAUGAGAGCAAUCACCUCACAGACUUGUACCAGAGAGAGGAGAACAUUCAGGUGACAAGCAAUGGCCAUGUGCAGAGUCCUCGCUUCCCGAACAGCUACCCAAGGAACCUGCUUCUGACAUGGUGGCUCCGUUCCCAGGAGAAAACACGGAUACAACUGUCCUUUGACCAUCAAUUCGGACUAGAGGAAGCAGAAAAUGACAUUUGUAGGUAUGACUUUGUGGAAGUUGAAGAAGUCUCAGAGAGCAGCACUGUUGUCAGAGGAAGAUGGUGUGGCCACAAGGAGAUCCCUCCAAGGAUAACGUCAAGAACAAACCAGAUUAAAAUCACAUUUAAGUCUGAUGACUACUUUGUGGCAAAACCUGGAUUCAAGAUUUAUUAUUCAUUUGUGGAAGAUUUCCAACCGGAAGCAGCCUCAGAGACCAACUGGGAAUCAGUCACAAGCUCUUUCUCUGGGGUGUCCUAUCACUCUCCAUCAAUAACGGACCCCACUCUCACUGCUGAUGCCCUGGACAAAACUGUCGCAGAAUUCGAUACCGUGGAAGAUCUACUUAAGCACUUCAAUCCAGUGUCUUGGCAAGAUGAUCUGGAGAAUUUGUAUCUGGACACCCCUCAUUAUAGAGGCAGGUCAUACCAUGAUCGGAAGUCCAAAGUGGACCUGGACAGGCUCAAUGAUGAUGUCAAGCGUUACAGUUGCACUCCCAGGAAUCACUCUGUGAACCUCAGGGAGGAGCUGAAGCUGACCAAUGCAGUCUUCUUCCCACGAUGCCUCCUCGUGCAGCGCUGUGGUGGCAACUGUGGUUGCGGAACUGUCAACUGGAAGUCCUGCACAUGCAGCUCAGGGAAGACAGUGAAGAAGUAUCAUGAGGUAUUGAAGUUUGAGCCUGGACAUUUCAAGAGAAGGGGCAAAGCUAAGAAUAUGGCUCUUGUUGAUAUCCAGCUGGAUCAUCAUGAGCGAUGUGACUGUAUCUGCAGCUCAAGACCACCUCGAUAAAACACUAUGCACAUCUGUACUUUGAUUAUGAAAGGACCUUUAGGUUACAAAAACCCUAAGAAGCUUCUAAUCUCAGUGCAAUGAAUGCAUAUGGAAAUGUUGCUUUGUUAGUGCCAUGGCAAGAAGAAGCAAAUAUCAUUAAUUUCUAUAUACAUAAACAUAGGAAUUCACUUAUCAAUAGUAUGUGAAGAUAUGUAUAUAUACUUAUAUACAUGACUAGCUCUAUGUAUGUAAAUAGAUUAAAUACUUUAUUCAGUAUAUUUACUGAAGUCCCCUAGAGGCAAAUGAUAUUACUUGAUAUUUUGCUAAAAUAAGGGAAUGUGUCAAGCAUAUAAAAUAUCUUUCAAAAAUUCAAAAGGUAAGUUUAUUCUAAAGCUUUGUAUGACAAAAUAUAUCAGAUUUUGCUCACUUAAAGAAGGCACUUGUCCAUUAAAUGAAAGAUGAGACUUUCUUCUGUGAAUAAAUCUAAUUAUGUGAAGACAAAUACAUAGUUUCUGGCAAUAAAAACAAGUUUUGAAAUAUUUUCUUCAUGAGAUGUACUACUCACCUACCAAUGUGGACAGUUAUUAUCUGUCUCCACAACUAUGCCAAAGUAAUACAGGAUAUUUAACAAUCAAGUCAAUCAAGUCAUUAAGUCCUCUUCCAUGUAUUUUCUCAAUGCAAGCUAAGUAACUGAGCACCCUUCUCAAUGAAUUGCUCAGGGACUUGUGGUGAUAAUUGGCAAGAGAUAUUCAAUAGGCAAGCAAUAGGUUGCUGUAGAAUUUUUGAAUUUUUUUUUUUAUUUUAAAGUCUGCAGAAAAGCAAGUGUUUUCAGGAAGAACAUGAUAUUUAUUACACAUGAGCCUUUAAAUAUGGUAGUCAUGGCAAGACUUGGGUGAUAGAAAGUCAGAAAUAAGCAAAUGUUGACAUAACUGGAAAUCAAAUGGGCUGUUUGAUAAGGUCUACAUUUAAAAGUGGGUCAAAAUCUUCUAAACUGUGCCAAUAAUUUUUCUGUGUUUUGCUCUUGCAUUUCUAUCUUUUCAAUAUAUACACAUAAACUUAUAUUGUGCUAUAUGAGACAAGCUAUCAUGGAAUAUUUAUAGCCUAAAAUAUUUAUGUAUUAACAAAACAACUAGAGCCAGCUAAGUUGUGGAGGCACAGAUUUGGUCCUGCUGUUCCACUGGAAAGCUUUUUGUUCUGAUUUUUAGGAGUGAGUUAAGUUUCCCCAGUGGUGCCUCUAUAUCUUUUCUAAAGAGAUUGAGUCCAGAAACAGGAAGUUGCUCAUUGUUCUCCAAACAAAAUGUUUAGGAGGGAAUCCUGAAGUCAAGUUAACUUGGUUCUGCUACUAGGAAACUAUAUUUUUCUUCCUGCCUUUAGAGUAGAAAAGAAAACUGAUUUAUUCGGUGAGUCUAACACUACCCUGAGCACAAAGUGUUUUUUUUUUCUGAAUCUGUGCACAGGCCCCUUUGGUCUGGUGUCAGAUGAAUAGCUUAUACACACUUACAUUGCUAAGGAUGAUGCUGUCUAAGCCAAGUUAUCAGCUGUGUGCUCAACAAAUCUAUGCUUACUGACACAUAUAUUCUAAAGGUUCUAUGCAGUCAAUUACCUGCCAGUUCUACUUAAAUGAUUAUUAAAAUUAAAUAGUAUAUUGUUGUCAAGCAUGCCACAGAACAAUAAGAAGUAAGCCAGGCCCAAUUUGCAAGCUUCCUGUGAAACAAUGGCUCCUAUAAAAAACACCAAAAUGUACAUUAUCUUACUCACUUGUAAAGGGCACAGAUCAAUCAUAACUGUACAUAUGAAAUGUUAGAGGGUUUUUUCAAUAAACCUUCUAGGUGGUGAUAACCAA